AUGAAUAAGCUUAUGACUGUUUUGUCAUUCUCCUUCGAGCCCAAAUGGCUUAAAAGGGUGUGCGAUUUAGUCGUUCUAAUUCAAAUAGAGAAACCAGAUUUGCUUCAGCUGGAUUUAUUGAGGAAGCACGCUCUUUCCUUAGCAAGAGCACAGAUGCCCAUUCCUGCAUCGAUAAUCAUUAGACUGAUGCUGGAUAAACAAAGUUUACUGCCAAUUGGUAUUUUGGCGACUGUCAUUAUUCAUAUGGUGAAGACAGAGAUUGGGACAUAUCCUGCAUCAAAUAUCUUGGUUAAGAUUUGUGAUUUUUGUCAACGUGUAACUGCAAGUAAAUCCCCAAGCGCUAACAUGAUACAACCUGAUACAAUGAUCUUUAACCUUGUUCUUGAUGCUUGUGUGAGGUUUGGAUCAUCUUUCACGGGCCAACAAAUUAUGGAGUUGACGCCACAAGUUGGGGUUGUAGCUGAUGCACACACUAUUGUUAUUGUUGCCCGGAUCCACGAGAAGAAUGGUCAGAGGGAGGAGUUAAACAAAUUUAAGAAUCAUAUUGUUCAUAUUCCAAUGUCUUUGUUUUAUGAGAGUUUAUUGGGCUUGCACUUUAAAUUUGAUGAUAUUGAUGCUGCUUCUGCACUCAUUUUGGAUAUUUAUAAAUGUUGGGAGUCUCUUCCUUUUAAACAAGAUAAGAUGAACUUGCAGAAGCCUUGUAUUGUUCCAAUUGGUUCUCAUAAUCUCAGGACAGGGUUGAAACUACAGAUUUUACCUCCGCAUAUGCAGAAGGAUCCUGUUCUCAAAGUGGAAAGUAAACAGGAGCUUGUUAUGGUUAAGAAUAUUAAACUUGUUCUUAGCAACAAAGCAUUGGCCAAGCUCAUCAUAAGACACAAGAAAUGUGGGAGGAUCAAAGAGUUCUCAAAGCUUUUAAGUAGCAUUCAAAACAAGUUGGGUUUAUUGGGAGAAACCAGUUUUGUGCUGGACUUCUCUGGCCUUUGGUUUGUAUUCUUCACUGCUUACAGCUUAUUACAGGGAAAGUUUCGAGAGCCUGAUUUACGCUUUCAACUUUAUCAAAAGCCCACUGUCCAACAUUUAUGUACUAGUGUUCAACCAGAAAGGUUGUGCUGGGAAGGAUCUCCUCAUGAUGUUUUUCUUAAAAAGCUUGAGAUUGCUUUGAAGAAUUAUCAAGUGGAUGAAGCAUGGGACGCCUAUAAGGAUUUCAAAAACCUAUAUGGCUUUCCUGGCCACUCUGUCAUGAAUAAGCUUAUGAUUGUUUUGUCAUAUUCCUCCGAGCCUAAAUGGCUUAAAAGGGUGUGCGAUUUAGUCGUUCUAAUUCAAAUAGAGAAACCAGAUUUGCUUCAGCUGGAUUUACUGAGGAAGCUUGCUCUUUCCUUAGUAAGUGCUCAGAUGCCCAUUCCUGCAUCGAUAAUCAUUAGACUGAUGCCGGAUAAACAAAGUUUACCGCUAGUUGGUAUUUUGGCGACUGUCAUUCUUCAUAUGGUGAAGACAGAGAUUGAGACAUAUCUUGCAUCAAAUAUCUUGGUUGAGAUUUGUGAUUUUUGUCAACGUGUAACUGCAAGUAAAUCCCUUAGCGCUAACAUGAUAAAACUUGAUACAAUGAUCUUUAACCUUGUUCUUGAUGCUUGUGUGAGGUUUGGAUCAUCUUUCACGAGCCACCAUAUUAUGAAGUUGAUGUCACAAGUUGGGGUUGUAGCUGAUGCACACACUAUUGUUAUUAUUGCCCGGAUCCAUGAGAUGAAUGGUUAG